GUUUGUUUCUGUUUAAAGCAAUAUCUUCUUGUAGCUCAGGCUUGCCUAUCCUAUGUAAUUGAGAAUUGCUUUGAACACCCAAUCCUGCCUCAGUUUCCCAGUACCAGGAAGACAGUCCUACUAUUCUUUCCAGGCUGGGCCCUGACUGGAUGGAGUGACUUACAAUGAUGUGCACGUGAACUUCACUCGGGAAGAGUGGGCUUUGCUGGAUCCUUCCCAGAAGACUCUCUACAAAGAUGUGAUGCUGGAGACCUACAGGAACCUCACGGCUAUAGGCUAUAAUUGGGAAGACCACAAUAUUGAAGAACACUAUCAAAGUUCUAGAAGACAUGGAAGGCAUGAAAGAAGUCAUAGUGAAGAGAAACCCUCUGAAUAUACUGAACAUAGUAAAGACUUUGCAUAUCACAGUCAUCUUCAAAGGCAUGAAAGAAUUCAUACUAAAGAGAAACCCUAUGAAAUUAUUCAAUAUGGUGAACCAUUUGCACAUCACAGCAUUCUCCAAAUACAUAAAAGGACACAUACUGGAGAGAAACCCUAUAAAUGUAAUCAAUGUGAGAAGGUAUUUGCAUGUCACAGUCAUCUUCAAAGGCAUGAAAUAAUCCAUACUGGAGAGAAACCUUACAAAUGUAAGCAAUGUGAUAAAGCCUUUUUACGACAUAGCUCUCUCCUAGUACAUGAAAGAACACAUACUGGAGAGAAACCCUAUAAAUGUAAACAAUGUGGGAAAGCCUUUGCAUGUCAGAGUGCUGUUCAAAGGCAUGAAAGAAUUCAUACUGGAGAGAAACCCUAUGAAUGUAAUCAAUGUGGGAAAGCCUUUGCAUGUCACAGUAAUCUUCAAAAACAUAAAAGAAUUCAUAGUGGAGAAAAACCCUACAAAUGUAAUCAGUGUGACAAAGCCUUUGCACGUCAGAGUUAUCUCCUAAUUCAUAAAAGAACACAUACUGGAGAGAAACCCUAUGAAUGUAACCAAUGUGGGAAAGCCUUUAAAUGUAACAGUGAUCUGCUAAUACAUCAAAGAACACAUACAGGAGAGAAACCCUAUGAGUGCAACCAGUGUGGUAAGGCCUUUGCAUAUCACUGUAGUCUACGAAUACAUAAAAGAACACACACAAGAGAAACCCUAAGAAUGUAACCAAUGUGGGAAAGCCUUUGCAUGUGACAGUGAUCUCCUAAUACAUAAAAGAACACAUACUGGAGAGAAACCCUAUAGCCAAUGUGAGAAAGCCUUUUCGUGUCACAGUGAUCUUCAAAGGUAUAAAAGAACUUAGUGGAUAGAAACCCUACAAAUGCAAUUAAUGUGAGAAAGCAUUGUACAUCAGAAUUAUCUCCUAAUUCAUAAAAGAAUACGUACUGUAGAGAAACCCUCUGAAUGUAAUAAAAGCAGUAAAGCCUUUGCAUGUCACAGUUGUCUCCUAGUACAGAAAAAAAACACAUACUA